UAGCUCCUACCUACCCCGAUUCAAAAACUCAAAAAGACAUAGAUUUCAACAUUAUAUAAUAAUACGACACCAUUUUACAUACUUCACCCCCAUAUUGUAAGCAAGUGAUCCAAGCAAAGAAACACAAGCAUGGCCUCAAUUGCACAGAAAUCAGCACUGAUAAUAUGCGGCGACUACAUGGAGGACUACGAGGUGAUGGUGCCCUACGUUCUGCUUCAGUCCUUGGGAGUUCGCGUCGAUUGCGUCUCUCCCAACAAGCGUCCCGGCGACAAGUGCUUCACUGCCGUCCAUGACUUCAUGGGGUUUGAGUUAUAUACAGAGUUGCCAGGCCACUUCUUCACUCUGAACUCAGAUUUCAACCUAGUCAAACCAGAAUCCUACGAUGCCCUCAUCGUUCCCGGAGGACGAUUCACAGAACUCCUAAGUGACGACGACAAGGUCCUGAAAAUCGUCAACAUAUUCGCGGAGGCAGAUAAGCCGAUAUUCACAAGCUGUCAUAGCCAGAUUCUGCUGGCUGCAGCGGGGAUUCUCAAAAGCAAGAAAUGCACUGCAUUCACAAGCUUGAAGCCUGUAAUCGAGCUCGCCGGCGGCGUUUGGUGGGAGGAGCCAGGAGUCUCAUCGGUUCGUGACAUCACUGCUACUGUUAAAGAUGGGAAUCUAAUAAGCUCGAUUGGUUGGCCUGGCCAUGGAGAGUACUUGAAGCUUCUGCUUCAUUCAAUCGGGGCCAAAGUUUCCAGGACGAGAGAGAAUUCAGUCUUGUUUAUUUGCGCGGACUAUGUUGAAGAUUAUGAGAUAAAUGUACCGUUCCGAGCACUUCAAGGUUUGGGCUGCAGGGUCGAUGCAGUUUCUCCGACCAAAACCGUCGCAGAGACGUGUGUUACGGCGAUUCAUGAUGAUGAGGGAGGACAAAUCUGUAGCGAGAAGCGAGGACAUAACUUCUAUGUCAAUGCCAAUUGGAGUGAUGUUUGUGUUGAUAAGUAUGACUGUAUUGUAUUUCCCGGAGGAAGGUCGCCGGAAUUGCUGGUCUCCGAUGAGAAGGUGAUUUCUCUGGUUAAGGAAUUUGCAGAGAAAGGCAAAGUGAUUGCAGGUAUUGGACAAGGCCAAUGGGUUCUUGCUGCUGCUGGUGUUCUCAAGGGGAAGAAGUGUGCAAGCAGUCGUGGAAUGAAGGUUAUCGUCAAACUGGCUGGUGGAGAAGUAGGAGAGUCCAUCGAAGAAGGCUGUGUGAGCCAUGGCAAGCUAGUGACUGCGACUGGAUGGCUUGCACUUACCGAUUUUGUUUCUCAAUUAAGUGGGGUGCUUGGAUUGUCUGUUGUGUUUUAAAGUGUUACUUACAUGUCUUGAAGUCUAUCUUUUGAAUUCUCGCUACAAUAAAAUAAUAAAUAAAAAAACAAUUUGAAGAUUCAAAAUUCUCUUAAUUUUA